AUGGCAGCACGGGCAGUACCAAUGCAGACGCAGCCCCGUUAUACCAGCGCCGCGAGGGAUUUUGACGAUGGGCCCCUUCCCUCUAUAUCAAGCCGCGAUGGUGGCUUUCGGGAGCACUUUGCGAGUCGUCCCUUUGGCAUCCCACUAAACGAUAAUCUCUCACCUUCGACCGCUUCGACCCCUAUGGCGAUUCACGGCUCAGAAGGGAACGGGAUCAAUGCGCCUCCUCCGCUACCUCCUCCACGACUUGCCCCUGUCGAUGGCCCCGUCGAUCCGAAUGUACAACACUACAGAGACUCCGAAUUCAUGCGCAAUGACGGUCCCAAUAGCCUUGAGAGCGAAUCAUUCAAAUUUGAACGGCGAGCGCUUCCGAGCAAACACGAAAACCCCCAUGACGAGGGCUAUCAGAGUUUUGAUAGUGUCAGAUCAUCGCAGUUAUCGUCGCCCUUCGGCCUCCACGCCAUGAAAGGGUUUCGUCCCAGUACCGCAGCGAUCGACCAGACAAUGUUGAACAGGUUAAACAAAAGCGGCGGACUCAGUAAUUCCCUGAACGACGCACAUAGCUCUCGUCCAAGCCACGCCAGUCUGCCACAACUUUCCCUCCCACACCGGUCAAAGCCAGGGCUUUUCACAGCGGGGUUUGCCUCGUCGCCCACUACGGCAUCUUCGCUUCCCAGCCCGUUUCCCCAAACAGGUCAACCAAGCCCAGCUAUUGUCGGGUUUCGCCCUACUGACGGGUUUGACAACAGCGGUUUCAACCGUGCUCCGCCACUGAGAGCGCGCAGGACAAAGAGCUCGUUGAUGCUGGAUGACGGCUUUCUGAAUGCCGAAGACGACGAGGACAAUGACUUUCCAAUGGAGGAGACAACACGCAUGCGGACUCUGAAGAUCGAAGAUUCGUGGAGGGAAAGGCACCGGGAAAACGAGAGAGAAACGGAAAGCGGGUCUUGGCAGCGAGGACACAAGACUGGGUCAUCACACUAUUCGCCAUCGCAGCUGUACCAUGCGGGGAGAGACAUGGGCGGAGAAAGAAGCUACUAUCAAUCCGGUCAAAAGCGGCCGGCCUCGCCCACGCCGAUUGAUAGAUGUAGUGAUACGUCAGGCCUGAACAGGGGAUCGCCUACCCCAAGGCUGACUGUCGUUUCACAAGGGUCUGUCUCUAGCUUGUCGGCUGCUAGUCGCAGCGGAAGUUAUAUUGGCAAUCUGACUGCUAGCAGCAUAGCAAGUAACAGUUCGCUUGGCCGUUUGUCUCCCAACGGUGUAUCCCCUGGCGGGGUGUCGCCGACAGACGUGAUGGGUAAUGGGAGCCCGUAUGCCACACCCAUCAGCCUCACCGCUUCACCAAGAUCGUCGAUCAGCCGGACAGGUGCGGCACAGUCGCCGCAUCCUAGGAUUUCGGGUGACUAUACGCAAAGAUCGGUUGAGCAGUCCAAUAGGACGCUGGGGAUUUCCAGGAAACUUGCCGAGAUUCCGAAAAAUGCUAGCAAUAUCGUAGCGGCUAAGCUCAAGGGCCCAUACAUGUGCGAAUGCUGCCCGAAAAAACCCAAGAAGUUCGACACGGAAGAGGACUUGAAGCUACACGAAGCAGAGAAACAGUACGGAUGCUCGUUUUGCGGGAACCGGUUCAAGAACAAGAACGAGGCGGAACGCCAUCAGAAUUCCCUGCACGUCCGUCGUCAUAGCUGGUCAUGCUCAGCGCUUCAGACAUACGAUCGUGCCUUCCACGACAGUAGCACGAGGCCAGGCGAGGCUGAUACGUGUGGUUAUUGUGGUGAGGAAUUCGCCCGUACCGGACGCAAUGCUGCAGGCAUCUUUGCUAGUGAGCAAGAUUGGGAGGACCGCAUCCGGCAUCUACAGGACGUGCACAAGUUCCGCGAGUGCAAUGCCAGCAAGAAGUUCUUCCGAGCAGACCACUUCCGGCAACACCUCAAACACAGUCAUGCCGGUACGAGUGGGAAAUGGACCAAUAUGCUUGAAAACGCUUGCAUGAUGGACGAAGGACCAGCAGUCCCUCGUUGA